UCGUUCAGACGACACAACAAUUCACUCGAAGUUUCGUCUCUUCCACGGUCCUACACGGCUCACUCUUGGCCAAACGUUUACGGAACCUUUCAGGGCAACAGCUCGAUUUUGGGUGAACUACUGAAACUGCAAAUACACUGCGUUGCCUGGCGACCAGAGUCGGCGUCCUUGGCGUCUGAGUGCAUGACGACCUCUGAAGGGGAUGAGCAAGAUGGGCCCUUUAGAGCACAUCAUCGAUUUGAAAAGUAUGGCGAGGAUGAAGAGGGUCUGGUACGAUUCCAACAGUUGCCGCCUCAAUUCGGCGCAUGUUUUUCCAGUGAAAGAUCAGAGUCCUGUCAGGGCCCUUUGGCUUCAGAAGAUGAUAAUUCGACACAUUCAUUUUUUGGUGUGAAUCUAACAACCUUAGACUUGAGUUUGGUCGAAUAUACUCAAAGAAAGUGUCAACUCAAUGCUCACAAAUCAAAAGAGACCAACCACUCUAUGCUAAUUCCUUUUAGCGAAUUUUUAAUUGCUCUUCAAAAGUCGACCAGUGAACCCAUGUUUCAGAUGUACACUUUCUCAAACGGCGAGCCGUGCUUGGUGCCUAGAACGGUUCGCCUGCUCUGCGAACACAUGAGCAUAGCUCAGACAAGACUUCGACCAGAUUUCGUCGAUCAGCUCAAGUCAUGGGCUGAUUUGCCUAACAACCGGUCCGAGAUGCCGAAGAGCUCUUUUGAUCAAUUGGCUGAUAUAAGUAAGUUAACUUUUACUUGCGAGGUUUUUGGCUUGCUGCUUAUUUAA